AUGAGAGGCAGAACGGAGGAGACAACCAGAAAGGAGUCUGGCGCCUUCCGAAAACUGAAAAAGAAGCCGCAGAAGGGGACGGGAGGCGAACGAGGAGCUAUAGAAGUUGAGGAGAGACCCAAUCGUCUGCCUCACCAGCAACGGAUAUCGAAGCUCGGAGCCUUCUUUGCGAGCGGGAAGCCGAUUUUCUUUUUCAUUCUGUCGAGCGGGGCUCUCGCGAGCAGCGGCUCAGAGCCACGCGCAAAGCCGUCUGGUUCGAAAGAGCAGCAGCCAGCGAGACACGGAGUCCACGCCCUUGCUGCUGUCUCCGUGCCCUCGUGCUUUCUCGCGAACGAGUUCAGAUUCUCCUCCGAGCGACUGAGUCGACAAGCCGGCCCUUCGAAUGCAACGGGAGUCGUCUGUCUGUCGCGCCUGCACACUCCCGAGAGGCUCGAAGCGGCAUUCGCCGCCUCCCUCUCUCGCGUCGUCUUCGUCGUCGCUGUUCUUCCCCCCCUCGGGCGGCAGUCAGUCGCAUUCCGCUGCCGAGGGGAAGUCUGUGGAAGGGCACGCGGGAUGCCUUCGGAGUCACCUGUUGGGGUCUCAAGCGCGUCUCCAACGCCGCGACUGCGGGUUUUCUCCAGUUUCCUCGGUUUGGCGCGCCUCGCAGCAGUUUCGCCGCCCGGGGGCCCAGAGUCCGUUCUGUGCGGCGGCGCAGGUCACGGCUCGACGGGGACGCAGUGGACUCUGCGCGUUUCCGUCACUUCCCCGCGGAGAGCUGAGCGGGCGCUCGCUGCCUGCUUGGCUUUGACUCCUGGCAGGUGCGACGCUGCUGCCGCGGGUCCCAGUUUCGGCCCAAGAGACGCAAUGAGAAUCUUUUUCCGCGGCACACACCGCAUUCGCACCGCGCACGCUCAGCCACCCUCUGCGGAGAGCCGCGCAGAGGCCGCGCGGCGCCCUCGCACGGGCAAGAAUCCGCGAUAUUCGCAAGCUCGUCGCGAGCCGGGCGCACAUUUGCACAGUUCUUGCGUCCCGAGCUGCAACUUGCAUAUUUCUGCAAAGCGGCCCCCUGUUUUCGUCAACGCGUUCGCGCCGCGCGAGUCGACGGCGGAGAGUCUCUGCAGUCCGUCGUCACGCGCGACACCGAAGGAUCGAGAAGGCGCCGCUUAA